CAUUUUGUCUCGUUUUGUUUAUUCUACAAACUUCCUAUACAAACGAAUUUGGAAUUGGUUUCGGUUUCGUACGCGCAGUGUAAGUAUAUAAUGAAACUUUUUUAGACAAAAAUGGCGCCCUUCAAACAUUUUGCUGGCAAAUAAGAGGCACUGAAGCUGUUGCGAUACUUUUCCACCAGUUGAACCAACAGUACGUUACGCAUUUGAUGUGAUAAACGUAAGAUGAGUGUUGAAAACCUGUUUUCUCGGCUGCGAAUUACGAUAGGUGAUUCUGAGUGGAGCGGAUAGCGAAGUCCAGACCACCGGAAUGCUAACGAAGGAAUCCUGGGGUGAUAAUUUAAUGAAGAUCAUCCUAAACAUACAGAUCUUAGUUUUUUGAAGCAAUGAUUCAUACAAUGAGCGUUUUAUUCUAUUUGAAUUAUUUUUUCUAACUAUUCUGGCUUGGGCCGUUUAUGCCUCUUAAUCCACCUAUGGUGGCUGAGAUUGUAGCGACGCCGCUCUUCACACGACAGGACCGGACGUCGAUUCUCGUCGGUACUCAGGACUGACUAUCCAACUAUGGGGAUUAAAUCAAGUCAAGUAGGCCACAAAUGAUAGGCCAAGACCUCUUGGGGUUGCAAUAUCAAAGUAGAAGUAGAAGCAGUCGACGAUUCUGGCUUAUCAUUACUUUGAACGUGAGUCAUCGGACAGUUCAAGACAAGUACAUUAUUCGUUAUAUUUAUAACUCUCCGGAACAAAAUUUGCUGAAGCGUGAAGGCUUCUGGUACGAAGGAUUUGCACUCACAAUUCUUGCUGAAUUUAUCAGACGCCAUCAACUAAUUCAACUUUUUUAUUUUUGAGGACAUUUGUUCAAGUUUAUCAAGACUGCUGCAAAGGAUCUAGACCGUGUCUUAGUUUCCGCCGUACCGGUGCGAGAAACCAAACAAUCAAUCGUUGAUGACGGUUUUCCAGCUGUCACUGCUUUUACAGCAGAUAUCAAUCGUUCAGGGUUGUGAUGUUGUCACCGGUAAGACGCACCGCACUAUUUCCCAAUCCUUCCAAACCAAACGAAAAAAAAACAGGUCUCGCGUGGGCGUGCUUUAGGGUAGGUCACGUUAGAUGGUUUCAAGUUCAGCAACGGUAGCAACUACGCAAUACUGGACGCAGCUGGAUAGCACCGGUGUCUGGUAAGCUGGUGACAGCUUGUUACAUAAACGUAAAAGCAUUCGUACGACGACCUUCCUGCCGAACAGCCCGGCCGAAUUCGACCAAUUAGUCCGUAACACUCGGGUGCAAAAUAUUUGAGCCGCUCUUCUACGUUCGAUUUGGCAUGCUGAUAAAAAAAAGAGCGGUGCUGUGAAGGGUACCAUGCUCCACGGCUGUGUAACAUCAACCUGUGCCUUUUAGUGAUGUGUCGUCAGUGAAGGUAUCAUCUGCCGAACACCGAUUCCAACCGAGAUAGUAUUUCGAUCAAGAUGCUUAGAAAACGAAGAUUUCCCAUCCAAUUUCGCUAGUCACUUACGAUUCGACAGAAACGUGAGCAAACGUGAUGGAAUGGGUCCUAAAAAUAUUUUACUUGGAUAUCCUUAGAAGCAAAAAAUUGAAGAUACAUAAACAUUUUAACGAUCGAGUUCUCGAUGGUGCUGUACAUUGAUUUUAUGUUUAGCCCCAAAACGGACACGUACUUUGCAAUAGUCCAUUCCCGUAGACUGUUGGAAGCUGCUCUCAGGCUGAAGUGAAAUCAAAUAGUACAUUCACCUGUCGGCAUUCGUGAAUUUUGAAACCAGUAUUUGCUGGAACAUGCGACAAAAACUUAAAAACUGCCAACACCGUUGACCCACUAAUCGUUGAGGCUACCAAGCCGGUUAAAUGGUGUUGCAGGGUAUUAUCCCAAACCCCAGCAACGAUUCUAGUGAAGUUUUUCGUGUGUUGUACGAUACGAAAUCGAACGGUUGCUAAUCAGACCAUUGACAGUUUGGAUUCCGAGUGUGCUAGGCUUAUGUCAAGGUUCUUGUCUACAGCGAGAGCCCCGACAAUGGUAGCUGCUCGGGCAAACCGGUAAAACGCCUCGCCAUGACGAACAACAAAGACAAGAUGUGCACGGUGGACAUAUGGGUUUCCUGCAGUACAAGAUGUUCCGUAUCGUAGUGAGGAACAUUAAAUCCAUGUGUAAUGUUAAUGCUUUUUUACAUUCCUUCCGUGUUCCGUGGGUAGGCCUGUGAUUUUCAACGGACGCAGAUGAUUUGUCUUACAGUGCACUCGUACUCCAAAAUCCAAUGAAGACUCUCCAAGAUGUAAUGGCUGUGCUGGAUACUCAUAUUAUGAACUACAAUACCUUUAUUGUAUAUGGAUACAGCUCUUACUAAAAACAAAAGCAAUAUGAUGUGAACAGUUUCAACACUAGUAUGAGAUCACAAUCAGAACUACUGUUUUUUUUUUACAAGAUAGCCCACUAAGAGAGCCCGGUUUAAAACGCUUCGAUCUUGAUAUUCGAUUUUUUAACGAUUCAUAUUCGAUUGAGUGUCCCCUUUAAACGCACCCUGAAAUAUAAAGCAAACAAGAUACGGGUGUUAUUUUUUUUAAAUCAGAUCCUGCACUACCGACGAUGUGUGCGUGACCGUGACGUAUCUGGUGGAGCUACGCGUUACAGGAAAGCACCACUCAGCCUAACCUCACCGCACGGUGGUCGCGGAAUUUUUAUGAUCCUCAACUGCAAUGACCAUUUGGGGUAGCUUUUGUUGUGGUUGCUCUGCCCCGCGCGCGUGUGUGUGUGUGUUUUAUCAUCCCUCCACCACGCUCGGUAUAUGCACCGUGCGAAGGGUGAGCAUGGUAAAUCGUUGGUGCGGAAAGCGGUGAGAUAGUGAGAUGCUUUUGGAAAUCUAAGCGAACCGCUGUUUGGUUUUGGGCGAGUGUCACGAUAUGCAACCGGUCAGGAUAGAGAUAGAAGGAAACACGCACGAGUAGCGUAGGAUUUGACAAAAAAACACCAGUAGUGUUAACAAGAUCAAACUAACGAGGUUUAGUAUCGCUCCGGACACCGAGUGGAGUUGACCGCUUUUUUCGGGGUUGGUUUGUAGUAUAGGACCUGCAGUGGGCAGCAUUAGUAAGAUGAGUACAAUAAUAUUGUGCAAUAGAGUUAGUCGGUUGCUGUUGGUGGUUCUGUUGUGUUUGUGUCUGGUGGUAAGAUGCUCGGUGUGCCAGUGUCCGGAUGCGAGUGGUUCUGAGGAUAGUGAUUCGGCAAAUGUGCGAUCACUCCAGGAGAACAGUAUCAAGCAAGCGCAAUUGUUGAAGAAGUAUGAUUUUGUAAUAGUCGGUGCAAGUCCUUCGGGAUGCUUGUUAGCCAAUCGGUUGAGUGAGAUAAAGGAUUGGAACGUGCUGCUGAUAGAGGCUGGUGAGCAGGAAAAUCUGUUCGUGCAGGUGCCCAUCUUUUCGGCGUACCUACAGUCAACUAGCUAUAACUGGGGAUAUCUUGCCGAACCGCAGAACUAUUCCUGUUGGGGAAUGAAAGAUCAACGGUGUAGCUAUCCACGCGGCAAGGGUCUCGGUGGCUCAACGCUGAUCAAUUACAUGAUGUACGUGCGGGGAAACAAGUACGACUACGACCAAUGGGCAGCGGCCGGUAAUGAAGGAUGGUCCUACGACGAGAUACUGCCUUACUUUAUGAAGUCAGAAAAAUCAUACCUUCGUGAGGUGAGCAAGUAUCACGGUACGGAUGGUAAUCUGGAUGUACGAUAUCUGCCCUACCGUACCCGGUUGGCGAAACUGUUCGUGAAUGCGUGGCGUGAACUCGGUCUGGAAAGUGUGGAUUACAACGGAGAGUCACAGAUCGGUGCAUCGUACAUUCAGUCAAACGUUCGAAACGGUCGCCGACUGACGGCAUACACCGCAUUCCUCGAGCCGAUACUCGAUCGUCCGAAUCUUCACAUACUUACCAAUGCACGGGCAACACGUGUACUGAUCGAUCCGACGACCCAGCAAGCGUAUGGUGUGGAGUUUAUUAAGGAUCGCAACCGCUACACGGUUUACGCGGAAAAAGAAAUUCUACUCACCGCCGGUGCACUGCAAACACCGCAGCUACUGAUGCUGUCCGGUGUCGGACCGAAGGAUCAUCUGCAGGAGAUUGGGAUUCCCGUGCUAAAGGACCUACCGGUCGGACAGACGCUGUACGAUCACAUCUACUUUACCGGGCUAGCAUUCGUGACCAACACGACGAACCUUUCACUGCACGGUGACAACGUCCUUACGCUGGAUGCCUUUCUGUCGUUUCUGCAAGGCCAAGGACCGAUGACGGUGACAGGUGGCGUCGAAGCGGUGGCCUUCAUCCGCAACACCACCAACCCCGAAAGUGCGGCCACACCGGCCACCCUGCCCAACAUUGAGUACAUUCUGACCGGUGGGUCGCAGGCCGCCGAUCAUGGCAGCGGCAUUCGGAGCGGGUUCCGGUUGACGGACACGAUUUACAGCAUCUAUAAACCGUUGGAAGCGAACGAGCGGGACGCAAUGACGGUCAACAUCGUGUUGCUGCAUCCGAAGUCGAAAGGUUAUCUGCGCCUGAAAAGCUGCAAUCCGCUGCACUGGCCUCGGUUUUACUCCAAUAGUCUGAAGGAGCCGGAGGAUGUGGAAACGAUACUGCAGGGUAUCCGGUCGGCGUUGCCGCUGAUGAACACCCGGACGGCCCGCCGGUACGAUGCGAAGCUGUACGAUGUGCCACUGCCGAACUGUGCCAGCUUUCGGUUCGGUACCGACGACUACUGGCGCUGUGCGAUUCGGACGCAGACGACCUCGAUACACCAUCAGAUAUCGACCUGCAAGAUGGGACCGUCGAGUGAUCCGACUGCGGUCGUAUCGUCCCAGCUGAAGGUGUACGGUGUCAAUCGGUUGCGGGUAGCCGACGUUGGAGUGAUUCCUUAUCCGACCAGCGGACAUCCGACGGCCACGGCGUACAUGAUUGGCGAAAAGCUGUCCGAUUUGAUAAAAACCGAAUGGUUGGGACAGAACAUCCCUACGGCAACCGGUACAUAAUGCGAGUCAAGAGUCAUUUAUACAAAAGUUUAGAUAUUUGUUAUUCGUUUUAGCUUGAAUUGUGUUGUUAGUGUGUGCGUGAGUGUGCGUGAGUGUAGAGUUUAAGGAAAGAAGCACUGAAGAAGCUACGGAUGAAUGGAAGUGCCGGACCAGCCAAAGGCGCACGUGGUAAAGGAAAAUGUUUUCGAAGGUUAGAGUGCGGUGAUAAGUGCUGCCUGUAUCGCCAUGGUCAAGGGUACCCGAUGAUAUUGGGGCCGAUCGUUUUAACAUUCCAUUUUAUAUGAUCGCCAUCGUGGGGUGGGCGAUGCUUCAGAAACGUCGGAAAGUGAUAAUGCUGUUCGAUGGCACUGGCUGGGGAUUGCGUGCGACGAAGAAUGCCGUGAUCGUGUGUUCGUAACGUUUUGCGGACCUAAGCGCCAAUGUCAAACGGAUCGAAAAAACAUGUAUUAGGAUAAUCGAUACAGGAAGGAAUGCUAAUGAAGAUCGCUUACCUGAUGAUAUAAUCGUUUGUUUAUAGUGUGAAACAGCUGAUCGUUUGUGAGAUCAGUGCUGAAAAUGGAAUGUGAAAAUGAAUUCGUCUGUUGUAUGCUAUUAGGUUAAAAGUAGCAGAUCAGUGGGGCAAUUUUGUUAAUGCUUAAUUUGUAUAGAAGGGAGC